AUAUUAUCGCAGUGUCAUCCGAACGCGUCGGCCGUGCGCACACAUAAUAUUUUAUUCUCUCCUCCGUCGUUAAAACACUUGAGCGAAAAAUAAAAAAAACCUUAAACGCCGCCGCCGCCGUCUUCGCCGUCGUCGUCGAGAGCAGUAAAUUGAUCACACGCCGCGCCACGCCGGCCGAACUUUGACUUGCUCCGCACUCGCACCGCGUCUCUCGUCCGACGAUCAGUCCCGCGACGACACGCCGCACCGGCGUCCGUUAUUCUUUCGACGGCCGCGGUUUUUAUCACGCCAUAUAAUCGUAUAUUGUUAUUGGACAUUGUUACAGUAAUCGUUAUUGUUGUUAGGUACUAUUACUGUUAUUGUCGUAGUUAAUAAUUGUGCGUAACAAUAUAAUAUUCCGUAUCGUCAAUAAUAAUAUACGAUAAUACAAUAUAUUGUCGAGUUUUUCGACGAGCCGUCUCCGAACGAUUCUCGACGCACGUUUUACAUGGUGUCUUGUGAAAGCCCGAUGGCUCACGUAUUGGGGACCAACAACCUCGACUCUUCGGAGCCGUACAAGUCCGAGCACGUCGAAGAAAUGGACAUGAAGGGACAUGAGAUGGACAUGAAGGUUAAAUUAAGUGAAUAUUGGGUGCAUUUCGCGUUGAACGCGAUCGUUGAACGGUACAACAUCAACCAAGUGCCCAGAGACGAACAAGAAUUACGUGCGCUGUUAGUUGGCUCUUACCACCGUCUAAAGUACGCCAUCAGCCAGCAGCAGCAGAAAGACCCGUCCGCGACCUCUCCCACGGACGCGCUGCUCAUGCAGAUCAUGCAUCAAGUGUUCGACGUACACCCCGACUGGCUAGAUCAGCGCAACAACAAUCAACCGCCAGUGCAAGCGCCGGCCCCCGUGGACGACGAGACGUCGUCCGUGGCGUCGUCCGCGUCGUCUUCCAACCCGCCGUCCUCGUCGCGCCCGCGCCAGACGCGGCCGUUCAAGUGCACAGUUUGCGGCAAAGAGUUCGGCUACAAACACGUACUGCAGAACCACGAGCGCACGCACACCGGCGAGAAGCCGUUCGUGUGUUCGGUGUGUAACAAGUGUUUCACCCGUGACCAUCAUCUCAAGACCCACGUCAGACUGCACACCGGCGAAAAGCCGUUUUGGUGUCCGCACUGCAAUAGGUUUUUCGUGCAGGUGGCCAACUUGCGUAGACACCUCAAGACCCACACCGGCGAGACGACCUACCCGUGCGAGUACUGUGUCGCGUUCUUCGAGACGGCCGCCGAGUUGAAGGACCACAAGCGGCAGCACAAGGAGAACAACAAACCCCGCGGGGUCGUAAAAAAACGCUGCCGCGCCACCGUUUACCUGACCGAACCGUCUACUUCGGCGCCGUCGUGGUCACCGGCCACACACGGUUCCCCGCCACCGUCUCCGUCGCCACUGCCGUCCGUGCCGAGUUACUGGUCUUCGCCGCCACCUCAACCUCAAGCGGUGAACGUGCCGCAGAAACAAACGCCAGCGGUCUCGCCGCCCACGGGCCCGUCUGUUGAGCCGUAUCAUUAUCUACAGUUCAUCGCGAGGUUUAAAUCGCCCGAACGAAAUGAACCUUCUUUGGUCAAGUUCCAGUCACCCGAACAGACUGAACCCGAAGACCUUUCCGUUAGAUCCGACAUGAUCGUCGACGUUGCCAUGGAUCUCACAUGUAAAUAGCUUUUAUUACUAUAUAAAUAUCAGUAAAUUAAUGAAAAAACAAUCAUAAAAAAUGUAUAACAACUACAUAUUAUAUUAUAAUACAUAGAUUCCAUAUGUCCGUUAGCCAAAAUUGACGACUUUAAAAUUUAAAUUUAAAUAAAAUUUUACAAUUAUUAUACAUUUUUUUUUUUUGUGGAUAUGUAGUCACGUCGUAGUCUUAAGCUCAAUUUUUUCUCAUUGAUAUCAAAAAUUUUUUUUAAAUAACAAUAAAUUGUUUUUUUUUUUGACGUUAAUCAAAAUUAUUGUGCAAUACAUAUAUAAUAACAUGUACAGUUACUUUAAGUUUUAACCGAUGAUUUAUAUAAUAGGUACAUAUUAUAUAACAUUUUUUAUUACAAAUUUGAAUAGGUGCCACAGAGUUGUUCCCUAAUCUUAAUUAUUAUGAAUAGGCAAACAAUUUGAGUUGGUGCUAGUUGUAUUAUUUAUGAUAAUUAAGGAAAAGAAGGGCUGCCAAGUUCAAAUAUGAAAUUUGUAUGUACAUAAAAGUUGUCUGCUACCCGUAAAUAAAAAAAAAAAAUAAAAAAAAAAUAAAUAUAAUCAAUACAUUAUAUAUACUAUUACUCAAUAUUUUUGUUUUAACUUUCAUGACAUUCCCAUUUCGUUAUUCGUAUGUAAAGUACAAGUGCGUAUGUGAUAUUAUAUUUGUUUUUAUAUUUAUUAUUUUUUUGUAAAUUUUUUUUACUCCUGUAACAAUAUUAUAAAAUAUUAUCAUAAUGUAUUAAUAUAAUAUAUAUAUAUAAUAUUAUUUAUUCGUUUACCUAUCAUAAUAUUAACAUGUUGUACAAAUUAUUGUAAAAUUAAGACUGAAUUUUGUGAAGGAUAACAUUGGAAACAAAUGUUGGCGCUCAUUAAGUAAUUAUUUUAUUAUUUAUUAAUAUAGCCAGUUGGUAUUUGUUUUGUUUCCCAUUCUCUCUUUUAACUGUUGUAAGAUAUUUCAACACAUUUUUUUUUCUUUAUAACAUACGACUAUUAGAAAAAUGAAUUUUUGAAAUGGGAGGUUUAUUUACUCAUUAUUAUUAAUUAUACUAUAUUACUGUCAAUAAUAUUGGAUUGUCAUUAAUCAUUGUGCCAUUUAUAAACUUAUUAUUUAGGUAUAUUAUUUUGUUAAAGCAUUUUGAGUUAUGGUCUGAAUAAAUGUGCUCAAGUCUUUAAAAAAAA